AUGGUUGCCCCUCCCAUGCAUCGAACGAAUCAUCAACGAGAUUUCAACAUUCAACGACUUCUUCUCGGCUUGUUUAUUUCAAACAUGAUAGAAAUAAGUGAGUUUUCGAGUUCUCCGGGAUUUCUUUCGCUUUUCCAAAUUUGCGUUUGGUCCUGACUGGAAAACUUGGAUAUUCGCAAUUUUUGGAAAAUUGAGUUUUGCGUCAACCGGGAUUCGAACCCGGGUCUCCGGCUUGGGGGGCCGGCAUCCUAUACCACUGGACUAUUGACGCCUCGCAACAGCCGUGGCCAAGAGAUUAUAAAUAUCAGAAGACCGCAAUUCUCAGGCUCAUGGGAACGGUGGCCGAAAAGGCGAAAAUUUAGUGGGAAAAUCAAAGAACCCGCCGUAAAACGACUUUUAAUGCAAAACGAAUUCGGGAACGCCGAAGUCAUCCAAGUCAUCGUGAACAAUUUGUAAUCAGGCAUUAUUUUAGCUAGAAGUGAUGUUUUCACAGUCAUUGGUCCACAGAAUUUGGUUGAGCCAACAGGAGUCCGGCACGAAAGAAGUAAGCGUUGACAAUUUGCUGUGAUAAAAAAUGACGGCGAUCCCAAUCCAUGGAGCUUAAUUUUUUCGGUUGUAAAUUUAUACAACGGUUUAGAUGUUGACUCCUCAGCUAUGAUGGAUGCCGAAUUUGUACCCCAACCCGAUCUCGCGCCCGUAAAUGUGAAUACGAAAAGGCGCCAGUAUGUCCCAAUUGCUCCAGUGUUAUCACCAGCCCUGCCCCCUCCUCCUCCGCCCCCACCAGCUGCUGGUGUUUGCCCUGGAGGCCCUUCUCUGCCAAUUGAAUGUGACCCUAAACGACCUUGGCCUCAAUGUCCCCCUCAAUCUUAUUGCUAUGCCACCAACAGUGUUGACAUUGGGCCUUACUUCUGUUGUCCAGUUUGUAAGCAAGUUAACAUUAGUAAUACGAGAAGUAUAAGAUAAUAAACGCUGAAGAUAAUAUUCUUCAGGGUCCACCUACGGUGCCGCAUGGAGACCGGCCACUCCCUUUUACAACUACGCACCACCUCCUCCCCCCAAUUGGCCCCCAGUCCUCCGGUCGGCAAUCGCUCAUUGGCCGGCAUCUGCUGUCGGUCUUCCACCCAUGCACCGUGCAAGACGUCCGGCUAGGCUCGCAGCCGAAUCCACCCCAGCUCCAGAAGAGUUAAAACGAAUGAUCGGAGCCAUGAACGAUUGGGUGGCGCGGGAACAAAAAGAACAUGACGAAAUAACCGCCUCAGGUACAGAACCAGAAGAAAAGGUUUAA